CAUCUCCCCAUGGCCCUGACAAUGCUGAAUGAGCUCCUGAUUGAGGACCCAAACCCACCUAUGCUGCUGUAUCAGAUUAGCAAGACUGCUGAGUUAGAUACCCUCAACUACCAGAGCUGCUUUAUGCAAGGUGUCUUUGCCCAUUUCCCUGAGAUCUUAUUUAUCCACCGGACCUAUAACCCAGUGGGCAAGGUGCUAUAUACCUUCCUGGUAGAUGGACCUCGGGUGCAGCUGGAGGGUCAUCUGGCCCGGGCCGUCUACUUCGCCAUUCCCGCCAAGGAGGAUGCUGAAGGCCUGGCCCAGAUGUUCCAGGUGUUUAAGAAGUUUAACCCAGCAUGGGAGAGAGUCUGUACUAUCCUGGUGGAUCCCCACUUCCUCCCCCUGCCCACCCUCACUAUGGAGUUCCCCGCAGCCGAGGUCCUGCUCUCAGCCUUCCACAUCUGUAAGUUCCUCCAGGGCAAGUUCUAUCAGCUGUCCCUUGAACAGCCUGUGGAGAGGGUGCUCCUCACUUCCCUGCAGAGCACGAUGUGCUCGGCCACAGCUGGCAACCUGAGGAAGUUGUAUACGCUCCUGAGCAGCUGCAUCCCUCCGGCCCAGCUGCCCGAGCUCCACUCGCACUGGCUGCUCAAUGACCGCAUCUGGCUGGCCCACCGCUGGAGAAGCCGGGCUGAGAGCAGCCGCUACUUCCAGGGCCUGGAGGUCACCACCCGCGUCCUCAGCCAGUUCUUUGGCACCACCCCGUGUGUGGAACAAGGCGUGACCUUGCUGCUCCGAUACAUGCAGCAGAACUCUGGAGACAUGGCAAGCUCCAGCCUGGGCCUGAGUCCCCAGAACAACCACGCCCCCUUAGGCGUCAGCCCCGAAAGCCCCAGAGUGGAGCAGUUAGUAGAAGCCCGCAUCCAGCACUCCCUCAAUGCCAUCUGCACGGGGCCCGCAGCCCAGCUCUGCCUGGGGGAGCUGGCUGUGGUCCAGAAAUCGGUGCACCUCAUUGGCUCCGGCUCAGAAAAGGUGAACAUACAGAUCCUGGAGGACACCCAUAGGGUGCAGCCUCAGCCCCCUGCCAGCUGCAGCUGCUACUUUAACCAGGCCUUCCACCUGCCCUGCCGCCACAUCCUAGCCCUGCUCAGUGCCCGCCACCAGGUGCUCCAGCCCGACAUGCUGCCAGCCCAGUGGACAGCAGGCUGUGCUGCCAGUCUAGACGACAUCCUGGGCAGCAAGUGGAGUGAGACGCUGGAUAAGCACUUGGCCGUGGCGCUCCUCACUGAGGAGGUGAGUCAGCUCUUGCAGCACUGCAGCCAGGAGGAGUUCGAACGGAGGUACAGCACCUUGCGGGAACUGGCCGACAGCUGGAUCGGCCCUUAUGAGCAGGUCCAGCUCUGAUUACCCUGUGCCCGGAGAUGCUCACACACGCGUACACACUCACAUCCACCCCGACACACACACAGCAACAUGCACUCACACUGUUGUACUUCCAUGGGCCCUCCCUCCAGGAAAGGACAAGGCUCUUCUAUUCUACUGCAGACUGCUACCUAAAAUGUGUCUCGUUCCCGAAGACAGGAGUCAGCAAACUUUUUCUGUAAAGGGCCUAGCAGUAAAUACUCUAGACUUUGCUGGCCACA